AUGGACUACAGGCUGGUCUUCUGGCGACGGGUGAAGUCUCGGCGGUUGGCUUGGACCGGGGUGUACAACCAAGGCGGUGCUUCCAUUCUCAAGCGCACACUCAAAAAACGUAAAAUCCGGCAUAGUGCGGCAUACACAAAGUCCUGCGCCCACCAACGGGAGGCCAGCCUAAGCCAACAGUGCUCACGGCUUCGGAGGGCAGGCUACCCUGUGAUCCCCCUGUCCCGCGGGGCUAGGUACAUCGGGCAAACGGGGCGAUGCCUCAACGACCAACUCCGA